AUGCCUUCCAUGCACCUUUCUCAAAUCCGAAGAUGGCUUUUACAGUCUCCUCCCGUGGAGUGGGGCAUAAUGCAGCUCCGCGAGCUCCUAAUCGGUGCUUUGCGGCAGGGACCUAUACCUCAGCAUGUAGCCUUCGUGAUGGACGGAAACCGACGUUUUGCAAGGACGCAUGGAAUAGAGACGUUGGAAGGGCAUAAUUUGGGCUUCGAAGCAUUGGCGCGAAUCCUCGAAGUCUGCUACAAAUCUGGCGUCAAAGUCGUCACAAUCUACGCUUUCAGCAUCGAGAAUUUCAAGCGGUCGAAAUACGAGGUCGACGCGCUUAUGGAAAUGGCGAAAGUAAAGCUAUCACAGUUAGCACAGCAUGGCGACCUGCUAGACAGGUACGGAGCCUGCAUCAAGGUCCUGGGGCAGCGCGAGCUUGUGAAACCAGACGUUCUCAAAGCUGUUGAUCGAGCUGUUGCCAUGACCGAGCACAACAAAGAUGCGAUCCUGAAUGUCUGCUUCCCAUACACCUCCCAUGACGAGAUCACCACGGCCAUAAGAAACACCGUGAUCGAGUAUUCCAAACCUCUACCCUCACAGAACCGUUCCUUCUCCGAGUCGCAUAUCGCCCAUACCAUCCGAUCUCGACAUCUCUCAGCUGCCACUCCGAAGGCUGGAUCACAUUCUCCUUCCCUGGGCGCUACUUCCGACACGGAAGACUCCGUUCCAUCGGCUUCUUCGUCUACCACUCUACAUCCUGAGUCUCCAUCCGAUCCCACGCCUCUAGACGACGAUGGAGAUGGCAAAUACCGCGAAACGUAUCCUGAUCCUGAAACCAUCACACCUAGUAUCUUGAAUGAUCACAUGUAUACUGCCGGCCUCCCUCCUUUGGAGCUACUAGUGCGGACGUCUGGGGUGGAGAGACUCAGUGAUUUCCUGCUUUGGCAAUGUCACCAAAAUACGGAGAUUGUGUUUCUGGAAACCCUAUGGCCUGAAUUUGACCUAUGGACGUUUCUACCUGUAUUAGUGGAAUGGCAGUGGAAACGGCGAAAAGGAGUUGAGAGACAACUGGAAAUCCGCAACGAAACUGACGGAAGGACUUUGAAGAUCAAGGACCGAUGA